GGGAGCUUAGCGCGGGGCAGAAGCGCGUCAAAAUGUCAAAUGUCAAAUCGCAUUCAUCAAUCUUUAUUCAUACUUCAAUCUUCCAUACUUGAAAUCUUUCUUCACAUUAGCCGAGUUUACAUUUAAGUCCUAUUAUUAUGUACCGAGAUAUUAUCAUUGAAACAAUCUGGUACUGAUAAGAGAGACUUAUGUGACAUUAUUUUUUCCUGGGGUUGCUUCUUUCUAUUUUCAAUAUACCUCGCUUCUAUAACAUCGCAUUUUGUCGCAUUUCGUAGCCGUCCGAGUCAUCUCGGAACGCUGACCCGACAGCUAUAACAUACAUACAAUACCCCCCAUAUCAUAUUCCAAAAUGGACGACAAAACCUCGAUCCUCAAGGAUCAGCUUUAUGCUGCCUGCGAGGAAGCAUGCAAGGAUAAUCCAGAUAGGCUCUUCUCCCAAGAAGAUCUCACGGCCCUCAAUGUCGUUCCUGCCAAGGAUGUGAAGAAGCUGCUCCAGAUUGUCCAGAUCCUCACCAAGGAGCGCCUCUUUGCCCCCGUCCACUUUCACAGCGGGCUAGCAUGGCGACUUCGUCCUGAGGCCGAGGCGGCCAAGUACCAGGCCCUGACCUCCGAGGACCAAGUCCUAGUAUACGAGAUCAUAGACUCCGCCGGCCCGGAAGGAUCAUGGCAGCAGGACAUCAAGAAGCGCCUAAACCUUCAAGACAACGCACUCCGCAAAGCCCUCAAGGAGCUCGAGAUCAAGCGCUUCAUCAACCAGUUCACCACCGUCGAGAACACCUCCAAGAAGAUGUGGAUUAAGUACGGCAUGCAGCCCUCUGCCCGCGCCACCGGAGGUCCCUGGUACACCGACCAGUUUCUGGACGAGGCCUUCAUCGACGCCCUGCAGUCCGUUGUCGUCAACAUCAUCAAGGAGAAAGGCAGCUACCGCAGCACCGCCGAGCGCAACGUGCGGAGCGUCAGCCCCGUCCUCCCCAAGAAGGGCGUCAUCCGCGGCGGCCUCUCCGACGCCGCCAUAAAGAGCAAGAAGCGCUCCGCCGACGCCAUCUCUAAAGACGACCCCCCCUCCACCUCUUCCACAACCUCCAAGUUCCGCGGCGCCGUGCGGCUACCUCUGAUCGCAGGCUACACGGGCUACCCCACGGCCCAAGAGAUAACCGCCGACAUCGUCAAGAUGAACGUAGCCAAAGGCCAGCCUUUAAAAACAGAGCACGUGCAGGAACUGAUCGACAUCCUGGUCUGGGAGAGCCGGAUCGAGGAGGUCAAGAUGGGCGACCGGGUCGGCUACCGCGCCGUGCGCGUCUCCAAGCACAACCCCGACAUAGUGAAGCUCGACAGUGAGGAUUUCUGGGAAGCGCGAACUAAUGGUUUGACUACCGUUCCUUGUGGCAAGUGCCCUGUGUUUGAGCUCUGUGAGGAGGGUGGCCCUGUGUGGGCAGGAGGGUGCGAGUACUUUGACAAAUGGCUGGCAUAGUCAACAUAUACCUAUAUGUAUACAUGGUGGAAAUCUGUUCUUUUUUCUAUUUUGUUUUUAUUAGAAUUAACUUGCACACCGCAAGACAUAGGUAGCAUGGCGUUGGGUAGGAAAAUACGUGUUCACAACGUUCACAAAAAGAGGUAAUAUGAAACAAUUUGGUUCACGGUUUAUAGGUAGAUAAUUGGUCACAACGCAU